AUGGCAUCUACUACGAUUUCAGCGGCCACCGCAGCAGGAGCUUCUGUCGUGCCCAGCUCUUCCUCUUCAUCCCGCACACGGCAGUGGGGAUCCCACUCCAGGGCCAUUAACUUCUGCGUCGUCUCCAAGCCUAAGCUUCGCAUGGUAUCUUCCACGGUUAGACGCUGCUACUCGCUCUAUUUCUCUCUCUCUCUCUCUCUCUCUCUCUCUCUCUCUCUCUCUCUCUCUAUCUUUCCGACUCACUUAUUCGCUCACUGUCUCACACUUUGUGGCACCCGUUCCUAAACCUUGGACGGAUCUCAGGACGUAACUUCUUUUCGUCCGCGGCGGGCUGCUUUUUGGAUUUGGACUGUGAAGUGAACUUUGUUGACAGUGUUCUUCAAUUCACGCGGUUUUCAGGUUUCCCGGCUCAACUUCGGCGCUGGGAGAUCUUGUUCAGUUGUUACGAAUUCCCUGCAGAGAGAGGUAAUCGACAGCCGCCAACACUGCCAGCCAGUGACCGGGGCAGCUUCUGUUGCCCUAUACGUACUCGUUGUUCUAUAUUAUGGGCUCUAUCUGUUGUGUUCAAAGGUUGCCGACGGUUCUUCGCAUGAUUCGGUGGCGACUGAAAGGAAGCAUGACAUGCCCGCCCAGCUAAAUGCUGAUGCGAUAGAACGAUUUGCGAAGGAGGAGAUAUCACCUCCAACACCUGUGGAGGCCGUGACGGAGUUCAUGACCCAGGUGUCGAACCUUGUCAAGUACGUCCUUUCUCUCUGCUUUUUUCUCAUUUUUACUUUGGGAUUCCAGUUAUUUAUGGGAGGCUCGGUCGCGUGUCCAGGCUUGUUGAUUCCAGAGAUAUUAUCGAGCUGCAGCUGAAGCAGCAGGAUUGUGAGCUCAUUAUACGCAAGAAGGAGGCCAUGCCUCAUCAGCCUGCACCGGCACCUGUUAUCAUGAUGCAGUCUCACGGAAUAUCGCCCGUCACGCACUCACAGUCCGUAUCACCACCUCCUGCCGCCCCUCCUUCCUCUUCACCAGCCGGUGCUUUGCCAGCACCGUCGACUCCAGCUGCUGCCACUGCUACAUCAGUGAAACCUUCACAUCCUCGUAUUAAAAGCCCUAUGGCAGGAACAUUUUACGGAAGCCCCGGACCUGGCCAGCCUGCUUUUGUGAAGGUAAUGCUAGGGUGAACUUUAACCAUUUGUGGGAAAAUUGCUGCGCUGCCCAUUACUUUUGAUUGUCAGAAGAAAUAGUCAAGUGCUAGGCAGGAAUCAGCUGUCCUUGUUAGGCAUUAAUCGUCUAAUUUUUUUAUCAGGUUGGAGAUAAAGUCCACAAAGGCCAGGUUCUCUGCAUCAUUGAGGCCAUGAAGUUGAUGAAUGAAAUUGAAGUAAGACUGACUUAUAAUUUCUCAAAAUUUCAUUUCAUUUGGAAUAUGCUUGAGACCCAAUUCUUUAUGUGCUAUCUUUGUCCUCCCUUGUGUAUACAUAGGGUUGAAAUGCUUUUUGUACUGGUGAUCAGUUCAUGAUCUGUUUCCUUUGGGAAUGACUUUGUCGUUAUGAUUUUAAUUAAAAUAUAUUUUUUUAAAGAUUUACUUUUUGACUCUACCCAAAAUUCAGAUAUUGUGUUUAUUUUUUCGUCUUCUUUCUUCACAUGAUCUGUAUCUUGCUUUCAUUCCUCGAGUUUCCCAAUACACUGUUGUGUAGUAAAAAGUUUUCCUUUUUUUUUUGGAUGUCCUCUGUGGGCUUUUAAAUGGUCCAACUAUUCACAAUUUUGCUACCUUAUUAUUAAUGUUUGUGUUUGAAGCCUCGUCACAUGGCAUUCAAAUGAUAUAUAGCUUCUGUGUGGUUUAUACCGUGCCUCGCCCCAAUUCAAUUGGUAAAUACGACUGCAAAGGAAUCGUGUCUCAUAAAUAUUAUUCAAACGAAUCGAUCCUCAUAUGUCUGUGUAUGAUGCUGACAACAUAUCCACUAGUUUAAGGAAAACAAAAGAGCAAAUUUCUCUUCUCAUGCGCCCUUGCUUUUAAUUCUGUGCCGAGAAGGAAAUACAAUCCAUGGUGGUGCUGCUCAUGGUGGAAGAGUUAGUACAGGUAGCAUCUCCGUGUUGUGUUCUUCAACUUUUAAGAGAGAGCCAUCUGGAAAAGGACAUGCUUUGCUUAUACUAUCCUUAUUAUAUUUAAUACAAUUUAAAACCCUAUUUUCUUGAGAAAGUUGACUAUGGGUUGCCAUUUUGGAUCUAUUGGUUCCCAUAUCUUUGGCAUGACUGCAUUAUGUUCUGCAUGACAUUAAUUCUGCAGGUGGUAAAUUCUCUUCCAGUAAAACGCGGAUUGUUGUCUUUACUCUGUGGCCUUAAUUUAAGGACUUUCAAAAUCCAGGAAUUCAUCUCCAAUUACAACGAAUGACUUAAACUAAGAGGCCGAUUAUUGCUUUGAUGUGUAGACACAUACAUCGAGUUGUGAUUAAUUUUAUUGUUACCUAGUUUUAACACUUUACACUUUAUACUUUAUGCUAUUUUAUGUUUUUUAUGUCGAGUGGUGACCUAUUAUUACAUUGUUUCUGCGCAUUUCUCCCUUCACCUUCCCCUGUUCUUCUAUUGAUCUCGUCCUCUCUCGCACCUGUUUUUUUGAUAAAUAGCGUCCAAUAUGUAACAAUUUUUCAAUGUGGAGUAGAGGUUUACUGUUAGAUAUAAUGCUCUUGCUGCAAAUUAAGUGAAACUUGGUAAUGACUUCUAUCUUCAUCAGUCUUAACAAAGCACAUAAAUGGUCUAUUUCACCAUGUUUUUUUUUCGUGUUUAUUAAUAUUCCACUUGUCUAGGUGUGUCAUUGGUUCCCUGUUUUUUUUCCAUUGUACAUGUUGAUUAUCAGAAGCAUGCACAGUAGGGAAAAGUGAUCAGGCUCAUUCCCUCUUUGGUUUUUGGUGUAUUGGUGUAUAAUACUACGAUUUAGAGCUAAUAUCAUGGUUCUUAUCGGAAAGAAUACCUGGAAUUUCAAACUCUUGGUUUCUUUAGAGUUAUUGAUAAUUGCUUUUUUGCAAUGAUUCUUACCCACUUGGAUACAUUUAUAUUUUUCCAGCUAGUCCAGUGUGAAAACCGAGUCUUGGACGUUUUAGAUUCAUUUUGUCUUCCCAUUGAUUAAGAAAAAGAUUAGGCUGAAAAAAAAUAAUUUCUAUAGAAUCGAUGCUAUGCUGUCGCGAUUGCCUGAUCGACUUGGAUAUUAUAUUACGGAGCUCAAUCAAGAUAGGUGUAGUGUACAAAUAUGAAAUCAAUUAGAUGCCUCGGUAAUUUGCCUGUCUUUAAAUAAAUGCGUGGGGGAUAAUGACGUUGACUAUUUCUGGCUUACAAGGCAGUCAACAUCAUGUGAAAGGGGAAUAGAUUCCUAAGUGAGAUCUUGAGUUUUGGUACCCCAUGAGGGUGCUUGUUGAGUGUUUUGGCUUCUCAUAUUUCGUUCCACACAAGAUGUUAAGAAGCUCGUUCAUGCAGUGCUGAUCCUACGUCUGUGGCUCCCUGGCCAAGAGUGAGGGGAGAUGCCCAUCUCUCAAGAAGAGAUUCUACAAAAAAGAAGUAGGAGGGGAAGUUUACCCAAUAGAAUAUCACCAACACAGGUUGAUCUUUAUUUGCCCAUUCACUUUGCAUUGAUCCUGUUUGCUUGGGGAACACACGGUAUGCUUGAUUACAGUUGAAAUACCUCUUUUGUCUUGGAUUUACCUUGAGCCGGCCGCCCCCGCCCUCUCAUAGUCGGCAGAAUGUGACGGCAACUGUUCUUGAUAUGGUCGUCUCCUCGUGCAGGCUGACCUGGCUGGAACUGUCGUGGAGAUUUUAUUGGACGAUGCAAAGCCAGUGAGCAUAGACCAGGUAAGCUCCUUUUUUUUUUUUUUUUUCAAGAGCGGCUUUCUCGGUUCUGCAUCGUCUGGGUGGACUAUGCAGCAUGUCUCAGCCUUUCUCUUUAACGCCCUCUUGCAGCCCCUGUUUGUGAUCCAACCUUGA